ACUCCCGCCACCACCGCUACUCCCUUCUCCUCUGCUACCAUCCACCACACACUAUGUCUGACCUCGACCCCGAUGACCCGUUCGCAAUGAGCGCAGCAUCCUCGCCUUCUUCGUCACCUGGGUCAUCACCUUCACUAUGGCCCGUCGACUCCUCCCCACCUUCGUCGCCUAGCAUCGGUCCAGUCGCGACCCCGCCCGAAUCACCGGGCCCGUUGGACCCGUAUGCAGGCUUGAACAAGUGGAACCGACCCCCGCAAUACGACGUCGAACGCGCGAAGCCUCUAGGAUGGGACUCUGGGAGCGUGUGCCCGCAGCGCGACGAGACCGCAUGCGACCAUCCAUUCGCCACGCCUUCGCCCAUGUCGGGCGAGAGCAGCAUGCAGGACCACUCAAAGACACAUCGUAGAACUGGAUCACACUGCGAGCACGGAAGAAACGCGUCCCCAUCCUCUUUGGGACCUAUGGAUCCAUACGCGGCCUCUGCGGGCGGGGCAUGGAGCCCUCCUCGUCGAGAGAAGAAGCCCCCCUCCCAUUCAGUGUCUGCAACGAGUGCGCAGUCAACAUCGACUAUUCUUUCCGACGAUACAGCAGACAGUGGACUAGCACCCAAUGAACGAUCGUUCAGUCAGAAAGCCGUUAACGACGACGACGACGUCGUCAAUUUGAAUGACGAACCAGCAGCACUACCGCAGUAUAGGCCAUCUAUGAUUACGGAGGAAGAGAUUUGGGAGAAGGCGAUUGCUACGGCAAUAGAGAAGGCCGAUGGAGAGGUAUACCUCCAGAACUCGUCUCUUAUGAGCAAUCCACUCACAUACAUACCGUCAUUCAUCUCCGACCUUGCGGGACUCGUCGUCCUUCCCUCACCACACACUCCUCAAGAGGUGGCCCCCAUCGCUGUUUCUGCACAUAGACCCUUCAUACGUUCAGCCACCGUUCCCGUGUCAUCGUCUCGAGCCGCCGCGUUCUUCGAUGACGACAUGCGACGGAAGGCAUUACACAAGGCAGGCAGCACUGCGCUCGUGCGGACGGCGACAUCCGCGAUGCUUCCGAAGUCGACGUCCAGGAACCCGUGCGAGCUCAAGCUCUUCCUCUCUGGCAACAAAAUCACGUCCCUACCUCUCGAGCUGUUUCAGCUGAUAGGGCUAACUGUCCUUGCCCUCCGCUCAAACUGUAUAUCUGUGAUGCCGUUCCAAAUCGCGCAGUUCACGAACCUUCGUGAGCUCAACAUUCCUUUCAACAAGCUUAGCUGGCUUCCGUCCGAGAUGCUCGGCAUGCAGCCGAUGCGUUUGCGGGUCACCAACAACACAUGGAUCCAACCGCCCCCGCCAGACGAGGAUCCAAACAUCCCACAGCCGCCGGCACAGUCACAGCGCACGCGUACCGGGCCUACCUCAGAGCCUACCCGGACGUGCGUAUCACCGACCACAGUCCAUUUCGAUAUCCCUCCCCUCACAGAGUUCUGUUUCCGCCUCUUGCUGUCGCCCAUCGCACC